CCUGGCAACCCUGAGCGGGCGCUUGGUGAUGACGAAAGAACCCCGCGACUAACAAACUGAGUGGAAACAAGCGUGAGUGAGUGCAGAUUCCGGCAGUUUGUUCAUAACUGGGUGAACAUCCUGAAUAUCGUCGGCAUUAACAUCUUUCCUUUGAUCCAUCAUGGCUUCGUCCAUGCCGCAGAAGCGUUACUACAGACAGCGAGCCCAUUCAAACCCGAUGGCGCACCACACCUUUGAUUACCCUGUGUGUCCUGAUAAAAUGGACUGGUCCAAGCUGUAUCCAGACUUAUUCACUGGCAGCCUGAGUGAGACAGAGCCCCCUCGAGUCGAGUUUGCUGACAUUGGAUGUGGAUAUGGGGGGCUUUUAGUGGAGUUAUCUCCACUCUUCCCAGAUAAGCUCAUCCUGGGUAUGGAGAUCCGGGUGAAAGUGUCAGAUUAUGUCCAGGAUCGUAUCCAGUCGCUGCGUGCCUCAAAUCCAGGGAGCUACCAAAACAUCGCCUGCAUUCGUAGCAAUGCCAUGAAGUACCUCCCCAACUUCUUUUGUAAAGGACAGCUCACUAAGAUGUUCUUCCUCUUCCCUGACCCUCACUUUAAGAAGACCAAGCACAAAUGGAGGAUCAUUAGUCCCACUCUGUUGGCAGAAUACGCCUACACACUCAGAGUAGGGGGUUUGGUAUAUACCAUCACAGAUGUGGAGGAAGUCCACCUCUGGAUGGUGAAGCACUUCAGUGAACAUCCACUGUUCACGCGGGUCCUCGAUGAAGAACUGGCCGAUGAUGUCAUCAUAAGUCGUCUGGGUACCUGCACGGAGGAAGGAAAGAAAGUACAGAGAAACGGAGGGAAGAAUUUUCUUGCAGUUUUCCGGAGGAUUGAGGAUUCACAUGAGAUUUCCUGAAAUAAAGGCCUUAUGCAGUCAUCUGUGCGUGGGUUCAGCUGCUCUGCUGAUGGAUUGUUCACUAACCAGAUGAAUGCUGAUUUUUUUUUUUCUUUUAUUAAUGGACCCUUUUAACAUGAGCAAAUUUUUAAAGAAAACAUUUUUUUUGGGGGGGGGGCCUUUCACAUAAUUUAUGUUUUUUUUGAUUUUCUCAGAGACUGUAAAAGAGACGUAACACAUGAAAGGAUCUGACAUGUUUGGUUACACUUUCUAAUUUUUGCCUCUCUUGUUCAUUAGUUUCUCUCGGCAAAUGUCAGUUUGCUAUUUUGGAUGUCAUGUAAAGCUGUACAGUAUUUCAAUUAAAAAAAAUCUACAAAUGUUUAAAAUGCA